AAUUCCCACAUGACACGUGCGCUUUCUCGUAACCAGGAAGUAACCGUGCAGUUGCUAUGCAAACUUCAGCUCUCGCUGUCCAGUGUGUAGAAACAGAGAUGCGUUUACACUAAAUUUACCAGGUUGUCCCAAAGACACAACAGAAAAACAAAUCAUGAGUGACACCUUCAUAAAAAGGCCUGGCACAGCUCCUCUGCAUGAAUUUAAUGGAUCUGAUGUGAUACAAACUCCUGCUGACCCUGAGGACUCUGACCAUGUAAUGGUUGAACUGUCUCUAUCACCAGCAAAGUUGAAAAUUCUGUCUGGAUCAGACAACCUAGAGGAAGUGACCUCGCUGGAGAUGUGUGUUGACACCCGACACAUCUCUCUGAAUAACUUUGGUGUCUACUUGCCCAAGCUUAGAGAGCUGAAAAUGAACAACAGUUUGAUUUUAUCUAUACGGGAUCUUGGCACCAGCCUUUCCCACCUGCAGGUCUUAUGGUUGGCUCGCUGUGGUCUGACCGACUUGGAGGGAAUCCCUUGUCUUUCUUCCCUAAAGGAACUAUACGUAGCAUACAACAACAUAUCAGAGCUGAUCCAUCUCAGUAUGAUGGACAAUCUGGAAGUGCUGGACCUGGAGGGAAACGAUGUGGAUGAUCUGUUGAAUCAAGUGUGGCAUCUGGGCCAUUGUAAAAAUCUCCGAACUCUUUCCCUGGAAGGAAACCCUGUAUGUACCCGUCCUGGUCCAGGAUCCUCAGAGGCGGACUACAGCUACAGGUCUGCGGUGCGUGAGAUGAUUCCUCAGUUGAGGUUUCUCGAUGACGUACCGGUCGAGGAAGACAAACCUGACUGCGGUAGAAGCACACAGAUGGACUGGACUCUUCUCAGAGAAUCCAUCAAAGACUUUUCCAUCAGCGAUACACAGGAAUACACAGAUACAGAGGAGCGGUCUGUCAGUGUAUGUGGUGGGAGACCUGGUUCUGCUCAGCACCUUAGCCCAAGAAUAUCCUCCAGUAGUGUCUGUAGUCGCCCAGGCAGUGCCAGACCUCUCACUUCUUGCUCCAGGUCAAUACCAGGGUCAAACAACUCCGAUCCAGCCAUCAUGGAUCAUGAGCUCAGCAAUCUAACAAGUGGUUUUGGCAGUUUUCUGUGCGGGAAUCCACUACAGGCGGUUCGUGCAAGGACACAGAAACAAAUGGUUCAAAACUCUCGUUCUCAAACCCGACCCAGCACACGACUCGGUAGUUAUAUUCCCGAACGCACGUAUGACGAUGAACAGCCAAGCAGUCAGGACCGCAGUGAUGUUUUUGCUGAGCUCAGAACCUGGAGAAUCGAGCAUAACAAACGUCUAUCAGCUAUUGAAAAGGACCGCCAGCCGCAAGUUAUGAAAAUCCUCCAGCGUGAUGAUGAGUAUGAUGAAGAAGAUGACGACUGCAGUCAUAAUCAUAGUUUUAUUAGCGAUGACAUCACUAGAAAUGAAAAGGAGGACGAGAGGGCUGUUUACAAGGCAACAACUUCUUCCAGUUCGUCUUUUCAGUCUUUUUCACCAGAUCUGUUACACCAGGACACAGAGUUGCAAAAUGAAAUAAGAGUCACCUCUACAUCAGACUGUAUGAUGUCACCUUCACCGCCACUGAGUGCAGUGGCUCCCCCUGGUGGCCGGAGGAUAACACAAAUUCGUACUAGGAGAAUCAAACCUCAUAACGGUGAAAUUGGCAUGUCGAUGCCAUCAGAGGACAAACAAAUGUCAAAUAUUGGAGCCUUAAAGACAAACUCAAUCUUUGAGCCCCAGAGUACCACGAUUGUAAAAACCAUGUCACCUCAAAUUCUCCGAAAACCAUGUAGACCAUCCACAAGUCUUGGCAUCACACCUCUUAGAGCACAAUGGUCAGAAGCUCCUGGGAAUUAUCAUCAAUCAGAGAACCAGCACAAACCAAUCAUACGUUCUAACACAUCUCAUCAACUUACGCCAAAACGUCCACAAACAGCCAGAGCUGCACUGCAAAGGCUACCAAACCGAACCCUCCUGCCCAACAGAGGAAAUGGGCUCCUGGAAUAACGGACAUGGUGUUAAUAUUUCAAGCAAAGGAAAAUGAGCAAAAGUGUAAUCCCUAACACUCAGGAUCACUUUUUAAAUAGUUUGGCUGAUGUCACACUGAUGAAACACUAGUGCGCGCCAUGCCUAUUGUAAAAUGUGUUUGUUGUUUUGCUCUGCUGUUUUUGCAAACAUAUUUCAUGCAUGAUUGAUGUAAUUAUCAAGCUGGCCAUGUCCUUAAUGUUUCUUCUACAGUACAGUAUAAUGUGUAUACACUAUACAGAGAAACAGGUUAUUGCAUAGAUAUGGUAUACACGUCCAGAUGCUGUAUUUGAGGUGAUGGUCAUAUCUUCCUCCUAACCGUGUUCUUCUGCAGCACAGCAUCCCUCUGUCAGGUUAUUUAACAUGUCUGGUCUUGCUGGUACAUCGUGUGCAGCCACAGGUGUAAGACUGUUAUUUUAAGUGUCACUGAAAUAUGUACCACACAUGACAACGGCAUACACUAUAUCAGUCACAAAGUCCUCUGGCAUUCAGUUCCUUCAAGUAUGCACAGUUUUUUUGCCUCAUAUUGUGUGUUUUAACAAGCAGCUUUAUUGUAAUUUCAGAUUUUUCAGACUGUUGGAAGUGUCUAGAUUUUUAUUUAUGUUUUACUACUUACUUACAAACUUCUGUACCGCUAAAGAGCAAAUAUUCACAUGGCGUGAGUGAGGAAUAUGCUUUCUGAAUUAUUCAUGUAUAUUUCUAUAUUUUUAUAUUGUUGUGUUUUAUAGCAUCCUGUGGUGGAAAUGACAUUUGAAAAUGUUGUGGUAUAAUA